AUGCCUAAUAUUCUAUUUUUCAAAGAUACUGACUCUGAACUUAAAUCGUUACAACAAUCAAUAUCGAGUGAAUGGAUCCAUCUAGUACAAGUAUUUCGUGAUUUUUCCCAAGGUAACGGUUUAAUUUCAAUUUUGGGAACUAACGUAGAAAUGGAACUUGAAGGAACAGCUACUAAUGGUCGCGCUAUCGUCCUCCCGAAAACGUACAAUAACGGAACUUGUUCAUGUGCUACUUCAAAUCUUAUGAAUGCCACUAAUCUUGAUUAUUUAAAUGCAGAUCCGGGUUCAUAUUUAAGCGAUAUUUAUCCAUUGCAGUUUUCCUCAUCUGUUUCAAAUUUUGCCAUUAAUGAUACAAUUGAAACUAUCGCCAAUCGAGUAUUCAUUGACUUUUGGUCAAAUGAAACGUCCUAUGAGCAAUAUUACACUGCGUGUGCACCAAUAUCCUGCAGUUACGUGAAGCAACAGCAUUUGAAUCCUGUUUACGCACUGACAAUGUUCUUAAAUGUAUUUAGUGGACUUUCAGUAGUACUUAAAUAUAUAGUUCCACUUUUAGUUGGAAUGGCAUAUAAAUUACGUUCUCGUUUCAAAUCAUCACGGGUAUCAUCAAGCUAUUAA